CGACGAACUCGCCUUCCAAUCUUUUGGGUUUUCAUUUGCAAAAGGAAUCAUCAUUCCGUUUGCCAUUUGACCUCCUCAAUCCCUUCAGAUCGAAAGGCCAAUUUUUUUUUUUUUUUUCAAUUUGAUAUUCAUUUCUCUUUCAAUUCAUCAAAACUUGUCGCAACUAAAUUCACCUAAAAAUUUAGAUUUGCAAUAUGUGAUUAAAACUCGAGGGUAAACAAACAAAAAAAAAAUCGACUUUUUGAUCCGUUUUGGCGAAUUGAGCCCUUUGGACUGUGGAAUUCGAGGUACAGGAAUCGUGGGCAAUGGCAUACGAGGAAUUUGGAAAAAUUUAGGUUCUGUUGUGGUUGUGACUCCGUGGCGAUUGUCAGAAACGGUGUCGUUUGGUGCCGGGGAAGCUGGGGACUUGGGGUGGUCGGAAGGACGCCUCUCACGGCGGAGGAGGGAUGGAUUGUAGGGUUUGUGUGGCCGCCGCCGCCGAUUUGUGGGUAAGAGUUGACGGCAACGGCGAGAUUGGCGGCGGUUUUAGCCACGAGAGUGAACAUGACUUGGCGCUGAUGGUUAGCGAUUUUUUAGAAAAUGGAAGUAGUGGCGCCGAGUCAUGGUGUAGCAGUGAUAGCGAUUCUGGUCAUUCUGAUUUCGCUCAACUCGCAGAAAAGAUUCAGAUCUGUAAGCUGUCGGUGGCUCAACAAGAGAGUGACUUGCUUUCAGUUGUGCAUUCCCUCAUACGGUCAAUGAAUGAGACAAACCUUCAAGUUAUGAAUUCUGGUCCAUGUUAUGCUAGCUGUAUUAGGUUUUAUCUGGUGAAGUUGAUGAGACUUUCUGGUUAUGAUGCUGGUGUUUGUGCAUCUAAAUGGCAGAGUAGUGGCAAGGUCCCUGGAGGUGAUCAUGAAUAUAUUGAUGUUGUGGUCGACAGUAAUUCUGGAAGCUCAGAGCGAUUGAUUGUUGAUAUUGAUUUCCGAAGCCACUUUGAAAUAGCUAGAGCUGUCGAUUCAUAUGAUAGGAUAUUGAAUUCACUUCCGGUUGUCUACGUCGGCUCCUUUACCAGGUUGGAAAAUUUUCUUGGAAUAAUGGAGGAAGCUACUAGGACUUCGUUGAAGCAGAAUUCUAUGCCCCUUCCUCCAUGGAGAUCAUUAGCAUAUUUGCAAGCCAAGUGGCAGUCGGCGUAUGAGAGAUACACACAUUCAGAAGGCAAUAACAUUAGCGACGGUGAAUGCUUUGACCACAAGCAAUGCUGCGGACAUCUGAAGAGGCUGCAAUCUUGUCUUCAAUCGGGAAUGGAAAUAGAGCGAAUGUUGAAGCCUAGAAACAGCGAAAGUAACUGGAGGAUGAAGCCUGAGAGAUGGCGGCACCCCUUGUUCAGACCUAUUUGACAUGUACAGAUUUUGGCUUUCAAGUUCUCAAGAGACUGAAUUAAAAAGAUACAGAAUUUUUGCGGCUAUUUUCCCUCGAUUAAAUCUUCAUCAUGCUACCUAAUAAGUCUGAUCAACAAACCACAGGUUCAUAUAGGAAGCCUCCUUACCAACAACAAUAAACCAUUUUAUAUAUGCACUGGUUCUUUGUUUAUUGUCCAUGUUUGAGGUGUCGCAAUUGCAGAAUCUAAAUUUUGGUUGGUUUCCAGUGAUAGUCACCAAACUACUACUGGGUACCCCAUUUAAUUAUGUCUGAGUUAUUCCUUGCCUCGUAUAUUUGUUGGGUCUAGGAAUUUUUGGUACCAUAUGUUAUGUUCCUAUCCUUCAAUACAUAUUCAUAUGAUUAGUUUUGAGUGAUGAACGAUAAUUUUCUUUUGAGUUUCUGAUCUGUUA